CGCGAGCCUUAUCUCACAACGUGCAAAAUGCAGUAUACAUCCAUACAUCUUCUAGGCUCUUGCACGAUUCGUCCAGCGUUACAGGUGCCAGUCGCGAUCCCGAACCGAAACGCGUACCAUGGGAUAAAUUAUUUGAAGCGGUGGAAAAGGAGACGAACAGGUCUACUACGCUGCGCGAGCCUAUGACAGAGGAGGAGUUUCAAGACUUCUUCAGGAUAAAAAGACCUUUAAUGAAGAAGGAGUUUCGACAAUUCUUUAAGGAUCCAAGGUUAAUGAUACCAAAGCAAUCAGAUGUCAAACGUGUUCGGAAGAAGGGAGAGCUGAAGACGAAAUGGCCGUUUAAAGGAGAAGUAGCUCUUCAAAAGAAACUUCGACCUGCAGUCCAAUCUGCGCGUGUUAAGGAGCUUGCAGAAAAGGGCAACGUGGAAGAGGCUGUCUCCUAUUUAAUCAGUUCUCCUCGAGCGACCGUCAAUAGUAUGACAUAUAUACGGAGAUGAAACGCCGCGGAUUCCAGCCGGACGCGGCGACGUACUCGACAAUGCUGCAUGGAAUGGCACAAAUUGAAUCCAAAGAGUGGCCCAAUAAUCAGGAGAACCUUGAGCGCUGUCAUAAGUUAUACAAUGCAUUUGAAAAGUUGGUGCAAACAGGCGAAGCCCAGAAGACCUCGGCGCGUACUACCUACUUUCAGGUACUCGGAAGGUCCGGCAACUACCAGAAGAUGUUUGACCUCUUCUACAAAGAGGAUGGAACAUUGCCACGAGACAAGGCAUUAUAUACCGUGCUCUUCAACGCGUUAUUGUGGAGAAAGGAGACGGAUAAACUCGGUAAUCUGACGCUUCAAGAACAGAACGCUUCAGACGCGAAGUUUCUCUGGCGUGUGCUCGAGAAGGAUGUGGAGGGAGGGAUGGAAAUAGAUGCACACCUGUUACGACCCUUCAUUAAGCUAAUGGCAGCUGGACGACCUGUCGACCAACAAUUCGGCUUGAAGGUGGUUCGCGAUUACUUUGGGUUAGCAGCUCCAGGGGAACCCACUCCAACUCCGCGCGUCACUAUGAACUCUAACUGUCUGCACGCCAUCCUGGAAUUGUGCAACAAGGCGAAGAAAUUCCGUCUUUGCGCUUAUUUCUUCAAAGAGGUCAUGGCCACGAAGCAGAUUGAGAGAAAUAGUAAAUUCUCUUCAGACCUCACGAUUGGCACUCGUCAUGUAAACGAGCAGCUUAUUGCACUCGCCCAACUAGCCAGCGUUGGCUCUACUGAUGAAGCUGCACAUGCAGUCGACGCUGUUCGCUUCCUAAAGCAAACAACGGCAUUGAAAGCCGUGAAGCCUCCUACUCGAACCAACGAGUGGGACGAAGAUACCACACUUCAACCUGAAACGGUAAAACUUGCACUUGCCGUAUGCUGGCGAUGUGGAGACUGGGAAAGUGCCACUCAGAUCUUCUCAUUAGCGACGGAUCUCCGAGCAGAAGAUUUCCUGGACGACGGACCGAUUGCCAAGGAAUCAGAAAAACCCUUUAUACCUGGGAGCGGCAGAAUGGUGGAUAUUGCCGCGUUCUCCUACUUGACACGAAUAGCACUAUCAACCAAAGACAAAGCCAAGAUGCGACAGGCAUUACGGAUGAUGUACAUUUACGGCAUUGGACCUGGAGCGUUCGUGACUCAUUACAACUUCUAUAAGAUUGAGCUGGCGAAGACGAUACUGAAGCUCCUAGACGCUGCUGCUUCUUCGGACCAGCCUGGAGACGAGAAGAAAUGGAAGUACUUGAAACAGGAAAGCCGAGAGGCGUUAUCUAAACGCGUUAUGGUCGAGAGACCAGAAAGUGAGGAAGACGGGUUAGGGAGCCAGAAAUAUAUCAGCAAGCUCCAACAGGCUAUAGAUUUUGAGUUAGCUUCUCGCAGUUCUUCGUAAUUUUGCAUAUCUACAUAUUGCCGGACACACAUUUUUCGUUUGACAAACGCAUGACAUGGC